UUGGGCGGAGCUUAAGCAAAGCAUAUUCCACACGGUGAGAACGUGCUGAGACUGAGAGAAACAAGGCAGAUGAGAGUGUCUUUCACGACAAUAUCGUUUUUCUCUACACAUAAAGGAAAUUUAGCACUGCAAAGGCCAUAACAUAACAGCCAAACAUGGCGCAUUUAACGCAGAAUCCCGCCGACAAGGAACGGUUCAUCUGCCUUUAUCCCGUUUACAUCAACAGUAAGAAAACUCAGGCUGAAGGACGAAGAAUCCCUGCUGAGAAGGCAGUAGAGAACCCUUCGUGCGCAGAGAUCCGCGAUGUCUUGACAGCUGCCGGUGUGAACGUCCUUGUGGAGAACAAAAUGCAUCCUAGAGAGUGGAACCGCGACGUACAAUUCAGAGGUCGAGUCAGAGUUCAGCUCAAGCAGGAAGACGGCAGUUUGUGCAACAAUAAGUUCUCUUCACGCAAAGAUGUUAUGUUGUACGUAUCCGAGAUGAUUCCCAAGUUGAAGAGCCGCACGCAGAAGAGUGGCGCUGGUGAGAGCAGCUCGCAACAGAGCGAUGGUGGGAAGAAGACCAAAAAGAAGAAGAAGUGAAGCCUAUUCAUCUUUCUAGUCUUACCACACCCAUCCCCUCAAAGAGCAGAUGGUUUGCACCAAACUUCAAAGAAAAACUGAACUCGUUUUGUUUUGGAAUCCUUUGCCAGGCCCAGGAAAGCACUGCAUUGCUUCCUGGUUUAGAACUUUCAUUUGCUAUUAAACAGAGGAAGCAAGAAGUGUUUUCUGAUUUU